CGAAGGUUCUCCUCUCGGUCGGCUCAGUGAGUUACGAGUUGCGUCCGGGUUCGCCGUACGAACGAUAACGGGGGCGUCAAUCGAAUCGCGAUUGGGAGAGGAUUCUACCUCGUGCACGCUCUUCCCUCCUUGUCUUUCUCGGCUACAGGCAACAGGUUUGAAUUUAUGGGACAAUAAAGAGUGUGGUGCGUAGUGCGCGUCUCUCUCUCUCUCUCUUUUUUCCUCCCUUUACACCUUUCUUUCCCGUUCUAGGCCGCUCUUUCUCUCGCGCAGACAUCCUGUCCUUUCGUGAAAAGAGGAGCGAGCAGCGAAGACUAUCAAACUCUCAUAAAACUGUCAGCCGCGACCACCGGGCUGACUUAUGUGCGCCCCUUCCUUAGUCGCGGUUGGAGAACCACGCGCUCUCAGGUUGGAUCCGCCGCGCGACGAUCACGAUUCCAUCGCGAACCGUUCGACGCAAGAUCAGACGACGCACAAUCUUCGUGGUCCCGGAAAGAGAAGGUCUACGGAAGUGUACGCUCUACUCGCUCGCUCGUAUUCCCGAUUCGCGAUCCCGCGAAUGACGACAUGCGGCAAUUCGCACUCCUAAGACUCCACGUACUCUCUUCCUUCAUCCCCCUAAUCGAGUAAAGAAAACGGGUACGUGUUAUGCUCGAGCCGAGAUGGAUCUCACGACGAUGAAGUCGACGGCGAUAAAUUAAACGGGCGAAUAGUUUUCGGUCGAUCGGUAAAGAACAAUCGCGCUUUCGUGUGUGCCACCCCUUUUCUUUUUCAUCUGUCUUCACCGCGAGGUUAUACAGUAGGGGGCGCGUGCGCGCGUAGCCCCCCUCGCAGAGCGGACGGAAGACUGCUUCUUGGUGACGUCGCGACUAGAAGGCUGCAGAGGAGAACGAGAGAGCGAUCGAGAUACUUCUCCCCCACCAGCGGUUUUCAGAACUCCCGAAUAUCUCUCCAUUAGCCCCCUGACGGUGCUAUCCCCUCUCCUUGACCCCUCUCUCGCCCUCUUUCUCUCUCUUACGCACACCCCUCUCAUCGGUUCCUGUCACGUCGGGUAGCAGCCAGGCAACACCACCACACGACGAGCGCCAGCGGCAGCGGAGACUCGACGGAGACGCAAGGAACGGGGUUGAAGAAUCGUACGCCGACGGAAAGACCAAUCAAGGUUUGACGAACGGCAGGGAUUGGUCGAGGCGCUCCUCUGACACGCAGAGAGCGCGGGCACGUGACAAGCUACCGCACACACCGGUCUUCCGUUGGAUCGUGACGAGGGCCUUCAGUACGAUAGCAGUCACCCUUCGCGCACGCAACAGGAACGGCGAACGCUCGCGCUCGCGAUAUACUCUUCACCCUCUGCGCCGUGGUGAUACGAGUAUACAGCCGUUGUCGCGCUACCAAGUCGUCCGUUGUUAAGUGCAACAUUUGUGACACAUCGUCGUCAAUUAAUUCAUUCGUUAAUCAAUCGCACCGAUUAUAAUUUUAAAUACGCGCUUCGUAUAUACAUGUAUAUAUAUAUACGUAUAUAUAUAUGCGGUGUUUAUAAAUACCCUCGUCAUUUCAUUCAACACUUUACAACGUCAUCAAUGGGACACCUCGAUAAGCUGUUUGUUACGCGCUACUGCACGGUGGGCCCACGAGUUCUCUGUAGGUAAUCGCGACUACCGAGGUCGUAAAGAAGCAGAAGACAGUUUUAUAGCCCAGGCCCACGUGGCCCUCGUAAACUUGACUCGCAGGUCGGAUUCAGGCUCGACCCAGGCCUGCCGCCGCUCGUCUGCCGGUCUCUCUCUCUCUCUCCCUCUUUAUUAGUCCUAAACCCCUCGUUCAUUAUCGAAUCGCUCUGAGACGUGUUUCUCCACGUGUAACAACUCGUGAUAGCUGUGAAUCGUUCGACGAACAAGGUGUCGGAGAGAGAGAACCGGCCGCGUAUGUCUCGCGAACGUUCGCGUCACGGGGCAGAGUCAUCACCGAUGUGAUGACUAUGGGUUCCUAUACUUAAUGACGACGUACGUUGUUCAAUCACGAUCGAUCGAACGCAACGUCGUUGGUGUUGUUUUCGUUUCGUGAAUGACGGAACAUAGACGUGCAAGAGUAUCGGUAAAGUGACAGUUGUCGAUAGGCGAGGGAGAAGGUAUACAAGGUGGAGAGAAUGAGUUCCUAUCAGUUCGUCAGCUCGCUCGCAUCAUGCUACGCGGGUCAACAGCCACAGCAGCAGCCGAGACCGACGCCGAAUUCGCCUGGAGAACCGAUGCAGGCGGCAUCGCCGGCCGGUGGCGAAUAUUACAAUCCGAAUGCCGCGUCCACCAGCUAUCCCGCGCCUUGUUACUCACCGCAGCAGCAUUAUCCUCAGCAUCCUUACGCCACCCCGGCCUCGGGUAUGCAGCACACAGCGCCGAGCGGGAUGAUAGAUUACACGCAAUUGCAACCGCAACCGCGAUUGAACGCGACCACGACGUCGCAGCAACACGGGAUGCACGCCCAGCAGACGCCGCACCAUCCCCAGCAGCAGCAUCAUCCUCAGCAACAGUUGCACGCGGAUCCGACGACACCCCUGUUGCAGGGCGCGUCAGCCCCGUCAGCCCCGUCAACGUCCAGCUGUAAAUACGCCGACUCGACGUCGUCCACCAGCGUCGCGUCUCCGCAGGAUCUGACCACGUCCACUUCGAGAAACAGCCCGACGCCCUUGCAAGUCGCCCCUGGGACGAGUAAGGCCGCGUCGGGGCUGACUUCGCCGCCCGGUAGCUCGUCAAGGUCGUCCGUGGCCGCGUCCGCUGCCUCGCCGCCGAGCGGAAGCUCGAGGGGUGUCGGCGAGGGAAACUCGACGCUGACUACGGCAUCUUCCGCUUCGUCGCCCGCUUCCUCCACGUCCAGCACGUCUAGCACGGGUAACAAUUCGUCCAACAAGGGCAACGCUUCUGGCAGUAACCCGCCUCAAAUAUAUCCCUGGAUGAAGAGGGUUCACAUUGGUCAGAGUACGGUGAACGCGAACGGCGAGACGAAGCGGCAAAGGACCUCGUACACCAGGUACCAGACCCUGGAGCUGGAGAAGGAGUUCCACUUCAAUCGCUAUCUGACGAGGCGGCGUCGCAUCGAGAUCGCGCAUGCUCUCUGCCUCACGGAACGUCAGAUAAAGAUCUGGUUCCAGAAUCGGCGUAUGAAGUGGAAGAAGGAGCACAAGAUGGCGAGUAUGAACAUCGUGCCGUACCACAUGUCGCCGUACGGGCACCCUUACCAGUUCGCGCCCCACCCAGGCCAGUUCACUCACUUGGCCACAUAGGACGAGUUCUCGCCCGCCGAGCUCGGAGCACACGCUGUCCGGUUUCCCGGGAUGUACGGCGAGCAGAACUUCUAAGGGCUUUUUCCGCCUUCUCGGACCCCGCGACGGGGUCGGUCGAGGGGGACCUUCACUUCCGGUAGGACACGUGGUGCGAUUUCGCCGAAUCCGCAAAUGCGUCGAUGGACCGCGAGCCUUCUCCUGUCUCUUCGUAUAUGUUUCAAAACGUACUUAAAUUAUUUCGCGAGUCUAUAUGUAGGAAGAGAGGAAGAAAGGAGAUUCGCGAGAAGGAAAGGGAUGAUUUUUCAUCCGUUCUCGUUCAUCUUCGGCCUAUGCGGAUAUACGCGCGUAAUAGUACUGUACUGACUAUUCGAAGUUGAAGGGAAGCCAAAAUUUUCUGCAUACGUAUAUAGCGCCGUAUAUGCACCCGACUUAAUAGACUGGACGCGCUCCGAGGGGCUCUCUCUUCACGCACACGAGAUUAUAUAAAAUAUUCAUAUACUAUAUAUACGCGGAUGAGAGACCGUCUCAGCGGGUGAGAUAAGACCGAAUUCUCUAGUUUAAGAAUGUAGAAAUUAGCGGUCUAAGUAAUUAAUUAAUCAAAUAACGAAUUAAUUAAUUAUCUUGUCUGGCUGCGCACUGUUUCACCCUAAGAAUAAUUACUAAUCAAAUUUAUUUAUUUAUUGUUUCCUUUCUUUUUUUACGCAUGAUAUUCUCUCUUUCGUUUAAUCCCUUUCGAACUCGUCUCUGGAAAAACGCUUCGCAAAAGACUCGAAACAGCUUCGAAGAAAAUUAUAUGUAAUAGUUUGUAAGAGAGAACGCCUGUUAAUACUCGAAUUAUAUUCUUCGCCAUUCUCGAAGGAAAAGAUAACCUUUAGAAAUCUAAUAUGAUAGCGUAUAAAUUAUGCUGGCUUUAUGAUGUAUUCUAAAAAAAAAAAAAAAAAA